GCAGUCAAUUGGAAACUUGAAAGGACCUUUUAGGGUUUUUCCUUCAUGGAUGAAACGGAGAACCUGUCGGAAGCCAAGAGAACCACCGUCGGGCCGCCGUCCGUGUUGGAGUACCUGGACCCCAACUACUGGAAUGAGAGGUUUACUUCUGAAGACCAUUACGAAUGGCUCAAAGAUUACUCCCAUUUUCGUCAUCUCAUUCAGCAGCAUAUCAAACCUUCUUCUUCUGUAUUGGAACUGGGGUGUGGAAACUCACAACUAUCUGACGAAUUAUACAAAGAAGGAAUCACCAAGCUAACCUGCAUCGAUCUGUCUUCAGUUGCAGUUGAGAAGAAGAAGAAACAGUUGUUGUCCAAAGGCUACAAAGAUAUCAAGGUCUUGGAAGGCGACAUGCUGAACCUUUCAUUUGAUGAUGAGUCAUUUGAUGUUGUUAUAGAGAAAGGAACAAUGGAUGUUUUGUUCGUGGACAGUGGCGACCCAUGGAACCCAAAGCCUGAAGUUGUAAAAAAAGCAAUGGCAAUGCUUCGAGGUGUUCACAGGGUUUUGAAACGCGAUGGGAUUUUUAUUUCAAUCGCUUUUGGUCAGCCACAUUUUAGACGCCCGUUGUUUAAUUCUUCUGAGUUUACAUGGUCCGUUGAGUACACUACGUUUGGCGAUGGGUUUCAUUAUUUCUUUUACAUUUUGAGGAAGGGAUGUAGAUUGUUGAACGUGGAUGAAGAUGUGAAGAAGGUUGAUGCACAUUGUCUUGACCUUUAUCAAGAUGAAUUGGAGGAUGAAGAUUACUUGUUUCGUACCAAUAUUGAUGACGUGGAUGAUGACAGAUGACAAUAUACUUUGAGUUUACCUAUUUUUUAGGUGUGGUUUGUAACGGGUGUUAAUUAGGAUGAAAGAGGACCAUAAUCAGAAAAAGUAUUUGUAUAUGGA